UAGGUGCUAAAUUUAUUAGGAUGCUAUAAGUGUAAUAAUGUAUAAAUGUAUCCUUUUUCUUUGUUUUAACAAAUUUAAUAUUAAAAAUAUUUUAAAAUAAAGAGUUGGGAGUAAUAAAAAUAAGAAGAAAUAGAGAGGGGCCAAUAUCCAACCAGUUACCCCGUUCCAUGCGGUGGUAGGUUUGGAAGAGAACCCAUGUAUAGUUAGUUAACAAAUAAAAUAUCCGUGGGGAUGGGGGAAAGCAGAUGCAGAAAAAUCGAAGGCAGACGAAAGAGGAAGUCAAGCUAAGUCCGCGUUGAAUGAGAGAAUUCCAAUUCAACUCCCGCGUGUGUCGGCCUCCAGUCCCAUCCCCUCGUCUCUGUAUUUGGUCCACUUCAACAGUGAGUAUCCGAGAAGAAGAAGAAGAAGAAGAGAAAUAAUGAAGAUUCCUUCUUUAUUUCCACUGGUAAUUCUUCUACAGGCAUCAACAGUGAUGUUGUUCUGGGAGAGGUCGACGGCCCAGCAGGAAUAUGUUGACAACAAACAGCUGGACUGCUACAACAAUUACUCCAGCACCUACGGCUACGUCUGCACCUCCAACCGCAGCUGCUCCGCCUAUCUUACCUUCCGAUCUGCCCCUCCCUCAUUCGACUCUCCUGUCUCCAUUGGCUACCUCCUCGGCGCCGACUCCUCCGCCAUCGCCACUCUCAACAACGUCACCGUCUUUGACAAAAUCCCCAAAGACACCAUCCUUCUCGUCCCCCUCAACUGCUCCUGUUCCUCCUCACGCUACUUCCAGUACUCCGCCUCCUACCUCCUCCGACUCGACUUCGAGACCUAUUUUCUCCUCGCCAACGACACCUACCAGGGCCUCACCACCUGUCAAGCCCUCAUCGCACAAAACCCUUCCAACGACAGCCGCCACCUCUACCCCGGUAUCCAACUCACCGUACCCCUCCGCUGCGCUUGCCCCUCUCCCAACCAGACUGCUGCCGGUUUCAACUACCUUGUAACCUAUCUCGUCACCUGGGGCAACACCAUCUCCGCCAUCGCCGCUAUGUUCGGCGCCGACACCCAAACCGUGCUUGAUGCUAAUAAGCUCCUCGCCGACAGCGUUAUUUACCCCUUCACUUCCAUCCUCGUCCCCCUCAAGACCGCUCCCACCAAGAUCCGGAUGGCAGUCACAUCUUCCCCUCCCGCGCCGUCUCCUAAUCAGCCUCCUUCCCCUGGCGUCCCAGCUGGGGAAUCCAGCUCCGACUCCUCUGGACGGCAGUGGGUUUUCGUCGGCGUCGGGAUCGGAGCCGGUUUGCUGGUCCUGCUGCUCUCCGGUUUCCUCGUUUGCUUCGUUUACCGCCGACGCGGCCGUAAAAGCAGCAAACUGACAUCGAGCGGCACUGGAGAAGGAGGUGCGAAGCACCAGACUGAACAUUCUGUGGAUUUCGCCGACGUAAGCAAGGGGAAAUCGUCGUGGUCCAUGUCAGGCGGAGGGCUUAUGCUUCGGAGUGCCGUAGGGUCCCUGACGGUGUACAACUUCGAAGAAAUACAGAAUGCCACCGGAUUAUUCGGCGAGUCCAACAGAAUCAAGGGGUCGGUUUAUCGGGGCUUAUUCAACGGCGACUACGCUGCCGUGAAGAUAACGAAGGGGGACGUCGCCAGCGAGGUGAACAUCCUGAAGCAGGUGAGCCACAGCAAGGUGAUCAGGCUGUCUGGGUUCUGCGUUCACGAGGGGAACACUUACCUCGUUUACGAGUACGCCGAGAAUGGAUCCCUCAGCGACUGGCUUCAUCAUAAUUCCAACAACAAAGUCAACAACUGCGCCUCCUUACUAAAAUCUGAUCAUUAUAAUAUUAGUAGUAGUCAUCACGAAUAUUUUCUAGGAUGGAAGCAGAGGGUUCAGAUCGCCUACGACAUAGCAGACGCCUUGAACUACCUCCACAACUUCACCAACCCUCCCCACAUCCACAAGAACCUGAGCAGCAGUAACGUCCUUCUGGACUCCAACUUUCGAGCCAAAAUUGGGAAUUUCGGGCUGGCAAGGAGUAUGGAGGAGGAUCAUCAUCAUCAGGAAGGAAUAUUAAUGCAACUGACUAGACAUGUGGUGGGAACCCAGGGGUAUAUGCCCCCGGAGUACAUCGACAGCGGGGUGGUUACCCCUAAGAUGGACGUGUUUGCAUUUGGGGUGGUGGUGUUGGAGCUUCUAUCGGGGAGGGAAGCGGUGGCAGUUGCCUCCUCCGGAGACGGCGACGUCGGGAGGCAGCAGCUGCCGCUGUGGGCGUCGAUAAGGGAGGUGUUUGGGGGAGAGAAGGUGAGGGAGAAGCUGGGAGGAUUUAUUGAUGGUGGGUUGGGAGGUGAAUACCCGAUGGAGAUGGCCUACUCUUUGGCAGAGUUGGCGGAGAGAUGCGUGGCCGACGACCUGAAUUUAAGACCCGCAAUGUCGGACGCCUUCGCGGUUGUGUCCAGGCUCCUCUCUUCCACCCUGGACUGGGAUCCGUCCGACGAGCUUGAGCGCCGACGCUCCGCCUCCCUCACCCAACCCACCGACUCUGAUGGGUAGGAUUACAUAAAGAUCAAUUAAAUUAAACGUGAACCAAAUUAUAUAUAAGCCCCCACCGUCCCUGUUUAAUUUGGUUUUGGAAUCGGUCUGAUGCCUCAUCUCAUCUCCCCUGGCCCUGGAUGGAGCAGCAAAUUGCGUCGCUAGUGGGUAAUAAUAAUAUAAAUAUUAUGAUAUUGAAGAACAGACGCCACCAGGAAGCAACGUAUGAUUAUAAUAUACGUUGUCAUUAGCAUCUGCAAUCGAUCAAUACAGAAGCCUACCAGUGCCCCUUCUUUCCUUCCAUCUGCCUGCCUGCCUGCAUCUCUGUUAAAUGUAUGAUAGCUAAUGGUUACUAUUGUACAUCCAUCUCUGUUAAUGUAUGCCACUAACGGUUAAUGUUUAAUCGUUUAGAAAGGCAUGCGCAUAGUUUUGUGACUCCAGCCUUGAGGCAUGUAAAGAGCUUAAAUAGUUUGAUGCUUCUCGACCAUAAACAAAGGAAAUUUGUCAAA